AUGAAUAUACCCAAGGGCAGUCCCCGUCUCUUGCAAUCUUCCUUCAACGACCUUUUAGAUUGUUCAUCACAUUGUAGAUCAUUCUACGUACACUCAUUACUUCCUUUCCAGUCACUCAUUUCAUUUAUUCAGGAUGCCUUCCUCAUCACUCUUUCUAAAGGCGGCUCCAUGACUGCGGAUGCCUACUAUGCAGAUCCUUCCGCCUACUACCCCGGCCCCUCCUCUUCUGCUGGCGCCUAUGGUUCGUCUGCAGCACCGUAUGGGUUCAAGAAUGCCACGAGUACCCCUUGCACCAAGUCCAAGGCCUCGCCAACUCCCAUUCAUGCUUAUGGUAACGGGAAAUAUACGAUUAAAUAUUCUCUCCACUCGUCUAAGACAACCGCGACCACGCAAGCCAGCGCUUCUCACCCAUCCUCUGCCACUGACCCCUAUAAAACGACGACAAUCACGACCCAUUAUGUCGACGUCUGUUCCACGGGCUAUACCACAAUUUCAACAACCCUUACCGUAACCUAUCCCCUGCCGACCAGCCACGCAGCGUCUUCUUCUGGGAAGCCACUGCCCACUCCCGGCAAACCUCUUACCACUCCCGCCGCUUCCUGCCCGCCAGGCUUCACGGUGACUGCGAAAUACUGCGCGUCUGGUUGCGGCGCUUACCCUACCACCGUAACCGUCACAAUCCCCGUUACCGUUUUCACACAUAAGCCGACUGGCCCUAGCCCGCCUACCUACCAUGCUUCUCCGUUGUACAGCAUAUACAACACCACUCGCAGCAGCACCGCCACCGGUGCUUCCCACCCAACCGCCCACGCUCCCGGCCCCGUUGAUCCCCUAGAUCCCAUUGAUGCGUAUGACAAGCUUGAUGUGUCAUACAUUCUUCCCGCUACCUUAAAAGUCACCAGCACCGUCACAAAGAUUGUGACAGUGUCCGUUCACGGAGUCCCCGCAACAGGCAAUCCUGUUGCUUUUACCUCGGCUUCAUGCCGCACUGUGACAGUGUCGGUCCUUCGAGCUCCCUCCUCAGGGAAGCCUGCUACAUUCACCACUGCGCCGUCUGGUAAGGGUGAUUCUACGGUUCCACACAGCACUGCCACUGGUUCUGUGCCCGCCAAGUUACCAAGUGUUUCCGGAAAGCCUUCCAGUGUUUCUGGCAAGCCAUCAAGCAUCUCCGGCAAACCCUCGAGCGUCACCGGCAAGCCCUCAAGCGUUUCCGGUAAGCCCUCGAGCGUUUCCGGCAAGCCCUCGAGCGUUUCCGGCAAGCCCUCGAGCGUUUCCGGCAAGCCCUCGAGCAUUUCCGGCAAGCCCUCGAGCGUUUCGAUCAAUCUUGUACCGACAAGCGUCAAGCCGAGCGCGGUAGCUUAUUUUACUGGUGGGGCGACGAGCUUGAAGGUUACUGAAAUGUUUGAUUAUUUUUGGAAGGGGUGUGGGUGGAUAUACCAGAAUUACGCACUCGCAACGUUCAUUAUCCACUCAAAAGUCCGACUUUUCAUGUCAUAUUAUGUUAAGAAGUUCCUGCUUCCUUCGCAUGGCUUCGUAGUGACAGAUUUUACUUUGCCCCCCAAGGAACUGUUUCAGAAUGGGGCCUCGGAGCUGCGUUUCAAAGGGUGGUACUAUGCCGAUCCUUUCCUUGGAACCCUAAGUAGUAACGAAGGGUUUGACAAAAUCGUAACCCGAUCCAAAAAGGAUAGCACUCUGAGCGGAAGUCGCAGCGUCGGGUUACGUUGGCUUCCAGCAUUUGAUCUAGAGAAAGGCGCAAGCCAAGUCUCAUAUAUGGCACAACCCUGUGUUGUGCAUGUUUCCUCUUAUUGUCAAACUUACGCUAGUGCACCCACUGACCCCAACUCCACUUCCCGUUGUAACUUAUUUGAUUCUUCCAUCUUCAGUCUUCUUGUCCUCACUACUGUCAAAGGCCCUGGAACUCAUCAGUUAAAGAGCUUGAUACGAUUAUACUGUAGUAGCUACUCCAAAUAUUUCCUUCCUAAUUUUUGUUCCAAAAAUGUUCCAAAGAAGCUCACAAAGGCACGUGAGGGCUUUCACAUAUUCGUAGCGGAACACAACGUUCUGUACAGAAACCAGAACUUCGUAUGUACCGCAACUAGUCGUUCACCGUUCUUCGCGCUAAGGAUUGAGCUAGCGGAAACGGGAAUAGAGGCAGCAUCAGAUCGGUUUCCUGUAUUUUUCAGUCAUACAAAAUCUGACAUGUUUGAUUCACCAUUUAUUGUCCAACCCUAUACCUCCACCUCCUCAUUGCUAGCAGCAGCUAAGUAA